GGAUGAUUCGCCUAUCUCACCGCUAGUUGUGCCUGCUGUUCUUCUACGGCAUCCUGCGGCUGUGCCCAGGCGCGUGGUGAUCGCACGAGUCUUUGGGUAACGCGGGCCGUCUCUUUGUUGUGUGUUGAGCUAAGUGUACAACGCCGACUCGUACCGCGCCUCGACUCGCGCCGCCGACACGCCUUUCAGCCUCGAUGUGCCCUGUGCUCACUCGGCUUUCAUUUCUGUUUCCUCGUCGCUUUUCGUACUCGUCGGACCUCGCUGUCAUCAGACGUCAUCGUUCUCGUUCUGGUUGCCAGGGGAAAUCGGCAAUGACUUCGCAGAAUCGAGUCCUGACGCCCGUGUCACUAUUGACUUUCGGGCAAGCGUCAAGGGUCUGGUGCGAUGUGGGCGUCCAAGAUUGGGUUGUUCAGUUGAACACUGCAUUAACUCCCGCUGCAGCUCGGCAACCGGUGGCUGGGAGUAAUUCACUGACGUUCUUGGUGCUUGAGCGUCGUACUCAUGCACGGGUAACGUCGUCAAUAGCAGGCACAAGCUAACCUUGGAAUAAAGAAUGCGUCAACGUCCAACCGAGCGAAUCCUCGCCACGGAAAAUUAUAAGGCUGCAUGCAUUGCAUUUCGAACUGCUGACUUUCAGCCCCGACCAGUUUCGUCUUUGCCUGCCGCAUCGUGUCCUUCUUUACAUCUCGCGGCUGGUCAAAAUGAAAUUCUUAAGCAUCAGUUCCCUGGCGCUUGCUCUUCUGCUGGCAUGUUCCUACGAUGUGAAAUCCAACAGUGCGAAUGCUGGUUUGAUGCGACGGAAAAAUCAUGACGGUAGUCAUGAUGGAUUCAAGCUGCCGCCAUUUUUACAAAGCCAUUGGCACACCAAGCAUCUCGUUGCUCCCAAGAUGACUGCGGCGGAAGCAAUGGAUUACUACUUCCCUCUCCUCAGACGAGGCUGCCCCUCAGACGGCGGCGAUAAUGAUGACAACCCGGAUAGUGGCGGAGGCAACAGCCCAGGCAACGGCACAAGCGGAGGUGGUGUCCCAGAGCCAGUACCUGGCAAUUGGUCCAUUCGCAACCUUAAUACAGUCUCAUCUGUCUAUAAUCUCACAGUCUAUCCAAAAAAUCUACCACUCUUCCUGAACGAGACGGACAUCGGAUUGCCUUUCUUCAACGAGAACGUCACUGGCCGCGUCACUCCCCUGGGUAACUUUUCAGGAUACGAAGACAGCAUUGAGUACUUUUGGGGCCUCGCUCCUGUUCCAGUUGAUCCUUCGACGGCUGCCAUCUCGCAAGCUGUGGUAACCCACUUCACAAGCGGUUGUCCAGAGGUUGCUUCAUCCAUGGUCGAACUUACGGUGACGAACGUCGUCGGUCCAAACAACGGGACGUUCAUCACAAAACUCAAACAAAUUGCCUUUUGGCGCUUCGAUACAACUGGUCGGAUCAUUGCUUACGACGCGUGGAUCCCAAACCUGCAAAAUUUCGUAGGCAAAAUCACAGAUCCGUCGGUUGGUAUCUACAGUGGUGGUGGAUAUGUGCCCUCAACGACUGACAUGACCACCACUGAAGGUCAGAUUUGUCAGCUGCAGGCACAAUUCUGCACUGGAGGGAACCAAGUCUAUUCGAGCGUGGACGAAUGUAUUGGGGUGCUGAUGUCAAAACCGUACGGAACGUUCGACGAGGCAUGGGGAGACAAUGUUGUCUGUAGGCGUGUUCACGUCUUGCUCACUCCCCUUCGGCCUGCAGUGCAUUGUGCUCAUGUGGGUCCUACGGGAGGCGGAAAGUGCGUGGACCCCAACUACAACGAUGUCUACUUCGACGAUGAAGAGCUUUUUGGUUCAAACUCAAUCUUCCAGUGCCCUGGCGAUUCUCUCUAGGGCGGCACUUCAUUUUCACAAAUGGUCGCGUACCAUCUUUUACGAUACUCCGAUGAUGCAUACUCUCGUGAUGACUUAUGGCUAAUCGCAGUAACGACUCAAUGAUAUUAUGACUACAGAAUGCUGUAUUAUACUUCUGGAAUGCGUUCUAAUGGAAUCGAGAAUUGAUUGUACAUAGGAAGUGUACAAAAAUCGAGGGCGGCUUGGUGCUAUUCUCGAUAGAAACCCAUCGAGGGUUGGCUGAGAUCACAAGGAAUUGAGCUCUUACUUUGAAAAAAAAAUUUUUUUUUGAAUCCUUUUUGUCAGAAUCAAAACAAACAACAUUUUGUGCAACGACCGUAAU